GAUGGCCACCGGGGCCUCCCGGGGAGAGGAAGAUGUCGGCAGGGUGUCCGGUAGGUGGCGCUGUGUGGUGACAGACAGACGGGAGGAGGAAGAUGGCCAGCCAGGAGGACCCGGUGCAGAGAGAGAUCCACCAGGAUUGGGCGAACCGGGAAUACAUCGAGGUGAUCACCAGCAGCAUCAAGAAGAUCGCCGACUUCCUCAACUCCUUCGACAUGUCUUGCCGAUCCCGUCUGGCGACGUUGAACGAGAAGCUGACGGCUCUGGAGAGGCGGAUCGAAUACAUUGAAGCUCGGGUGACCAAAGGCGAAACGCUGACAUAGACCCCGCCCCUCCCCCCCACGCCUCUUACACUGAAAUAUUUUAUAUACAGAUAUACGCUAUGGACUUCUCAUCCUCCAAUCCGCCUCUGUCUCUGAUAACCCCCCUCCCCCUCUCUGUACACUGGCCGAACACGUCACAAGACAACGGUUGAGCGUAGAUGUAUAUCCCCUCCCCCGAUCAUUCCUGGGCCGCAUCUUCUGAUACAUCGCCUCCGGAGAAGGACGCCACGGCUCGCUGUCUGUACGAAAACACGAGAUGUUCCGAGAAAACUGGUCACUGUGCCAACCAAGACGACGCUUUCUACGUUUUUCUUUUAUUUUUUUUUUUCUUUUGUAUCCGUGUCGCGUAAUCUAUAAAUUGUGUAAAAAAUAAAUGUAUACGGUGACUUUGGUGUUCUGGCGAUCUUCUGAUUUA